CUUUUUCCCUAAUCCCCCUCCCAUCCCAAGUCCCAACCCCUCCAUGGCUCUCUAGAAGAAGAAUCUUUGUUGCCCCUCCAUCUUCAAUCGCAACCCAUCCGCCAUCGAGAUCCAGCGAAUGAAGGUCAAGAAGGAGAAGGGGUCGUUGUAGCAGUGAAGAUCGAUCGUUGUUCGUCAUCGCCAUCUCGUCCUUCUUCAUUCUCGGAGGUCGAUGAGAACUGGAAAGAGUCGAAGUGAUCCCAGUCGCCGCCCCUUCUUCAUCCUCCAUAUCCAAGGCCUGGCAGUCGUAGCAGUAGGUCGAUUUGAUCAAUCCUCUUUCGCCGUAGGCAGUCACAGCAGGUCGAUCCUCGGUCGUCGUCGUCGUCCCCUGCCUUCUUCCUCGUUGUCGCCGCCUUCUAUCUAACCAUACAAAAUAUAAAAGAGUGUGUACAUCAACAUCUAAAAGAGUGUGUACAAUACUCUCUAUAACAAAAACGGUAACGAAACGAACAAGUGUUUGGCUUAGUGGUAAUGCCACUAACCUAGAACAUGGAGGUUUCAGGUUCGAAUCCUUUAAAUCAAUGCUGUCAAAGCCGAGUCGGAGUAUGACUCGGUAACGUGAACGGCUCGGUCAUUAGUGGUCCAGCCGGCAUUAGACCGUUUAAAAACCGUUUGAGAACCGGUACAUUAUAAACAAUAUAAUAUCAUAGUAGAACACACAUAAAGUAAUAAUUCAAUGAUUUAAUGAGUAAAAAUGAUAAUUACAGGUACCAUUUAAUAAUUCUACACAACAUAUAUAUACAUCAACUAAAAAAACCCUAACCUAAUCCUAAGCGACAACGCCGCUUCCCCACCCAUCACUCUCCUUCCUUCCGCUUCCCCAUCCCCCUCCCUCUCUCCUUCCUCCUCUCCCACCGCCGCACCUAUUUUCAUUUUUCAGCCACUAUAGCCUUCUGCAAUUCCUCAAAAAUCCAUCACCUCAUCCUUUCAUAACCCGUAAAUGCUCUUCCUCGUCCCAAUCCGCGAAAUGGCCCGGAUUCAAUCCAAGCCUCUGAUGAGACAGGGCAGCUUAGCGGGGAGCUGCUUGCGACGGUGGCGACGGGAUGAAAGCGCCGGGAGCAGGGAGCUGCUUGCGACGGUGGCGACGGGAUGGAAGCGCCGGGAGCGGGGAGCUGCUUGCUACAACAAGGACUGGCGAUGGCGAUGCGAUGGCGACUGGGGAUGGCGAUGCCAUCGGGAAGCGCCGAUGCCGGGACAAGAGGUGUUGACGGCCGAUUCCACGAUUGGCCUUUUCUAUUUUUUUUUAUGGUAAAUCAAACGAUCGAACCGUGCGACCGGCUCGAGCGGUUAACCGCUUCGGCCGCUCGUCGGCCGCUGUAUAAAACCGUGGCGGUUAAAUAGCUGAUCCGAGCCGGUUUUAUGGCCGGGUGGCGGCUUUGGCGGUCCGGCCGGCCAGCUCGGUUCGGCUUUGACAGCACUGCUUUAAAUAGUACCUUAAUAACAAAAAAAAUAAACCUAUAUCACCCUUAUAAAAAAAACAAAAACUGUAAAGAAAACCAACAUACACUCUACCAACCCAAGUCCAAAUCAUCAAAUGGGCCAAGUCGCUGGCGAGCAACUCGGCGUUCGGAUUGAAAAAAACUUGUUCGACACUUGACUCAUUAUUUAACAAGCCGACUCACGAGCCAACUCGAUAGUAAACGAACCAAGUUUGAGCUAGACCAUGCUCAGCUUAAUAAACUUGUGAGCUAGAUUGACUCGGUGGCUUGUUGAGCUAAGCUCGCGAGCUGGCUUGUUCAGAAAUUGUGGACUGAUUAAUAACUCUUUUGAACAUGAAUGUGUAUGGAUAUAAGUUGUUGUUUUUAGUUUCUAGUAAUAUUUUUAUAGUUUAAAUUCUUAUGUUUACAUUUUUCAGCAAAAAUGAUUCAAAUCGAGCUCAUCUUGAGUCGAGCUUGUACUCAACUUGACAAACUGUGUUAAUGAGAAUUUACCGAGCUCUACCGAGUCGAGCUCGAGUUGGGUUAUUUUUAUUCAAGUCAAGCUCGAGCUCAAUUUGGAUUAUCAAAAUUCGAGUUUGAGUUGAACUCGAACUAAAAAAUUUAUAAACAAGUCGAGUUCAAACUAAGAAAAAACUCGACUCGGCUCGUUUGCAGCUUAGGAUUUGUUCCUCUAAAAUCAAAUGACUAUUUUAUGAGCAUCCUAUAACGCUUCCUUUUUCCUUUUUGUGGCACGACAACCUUGACCAACCCGCCAGAUACCCACCCGAAACCCGCCCAGAUGAUGAGCCUUUUACCAACCAUCGUGGGUAAAGGGCGGACCGGGCACAUGAAAUCCAUGAGUAACGGGCAACCGGUAGCGAUGGUUCUCGUGGUAUCCACCCAUCCCCCAAAACGACGUCGUUUUGGACGCUCACUAUAUGAACUAAAUGAAGGUUAAAAAAACUCUAAUCCUCAUUUCCUCUCGUUUGUGGCGGCCGACUGCUCCCAUUCCCUCUCCAAUCUUCCACAUCUUCCCCUCCUCCCUCUUCUCAUCGCCAUUCUUCAGUCACUCCUCUCCUCUUCUGUCCUCCUCUUCUUCCCCUCCUCCCACCGCUCUAGCAACCCCGAAAUUGCGCUCACAUCUCCAUUUGCAUUGGAUACUGAUUCCCCAUAUAUCGAUGAAGCCAAAGUUUCGGCAUUUGUUUCUCUUAAGUCUUAGCUUCUGCUUCUGCUUCUUGUUUGAUAACACCAUUGUUCGAUUUGGGGGGCAAAAAUCCUAGACUCAAUUGAAGGAUUUUCCCUUUUCUUGUGUUCAUAAUCCGUGAGGAUCUGUGGGUUACCCAAAUCCGUUUGCUAACAGUGACGACAAAACAUAAUCCCCCUUUUAACCUUGGGAGACUGAGAGAUCCGUCGGCCUUAACGGACGGAAAUAAAGAGGUAGAUACUCA